AUGGAGUUCUCCGCUCCCGCUCAUACCGCUCAGAGAACGUGCACACAGUGUAAAGCCAGCAAAAAGAAGUGUGACAAGGUUGCACCGAAAUGUGGUCGGUGCUUGAGGCUCUCUAUCAACUGUUGGUACCCUCAUACUGAUAAGCCUGGUGGAGCCGAGCCUGGCCUGGAUGGACGGGACCCUAGAUUUGAUGAAGUCUUCCGACGCCUUGAAAGAAUAGAGAACCAACUCCCUAGCACCGAAAGGUUCGCGACCCGACAAAGCUCAGUUGAACAAUUAUCAAGCCAAUAUUCCCUACCAAGGCCACUCCAAGAGUCUGGAUCUUGUGACUGGACCCUUAAUCCAGGAUCUCUAAAACCACAUUGGAUGACUUUCAUUCUCUAUGGGAGCGUGUUAAGAGUUACAACAGAGAAUCAAACUACGUUAGAGAAAAUCAUUCAUAAGUAUUCCGAACAUACUCACCGAUGGCUACCUAUAGUUUCACAGGCAAGGAUGGAACGAGGCAUAAAGGACUUCUGGAAUAUUGUGCCCGACCCGGGAUUUUUAAUGCUGGUCCUUGCUAUGCACUUACUCGUCACCCCAGUCUCUGAGCAUCCUAAAUCAACAUCGCUUUCAGACUCCUCAUGGUAUCGUGCUUGUAAGUACCACUAUGGACAGUACGUGUCCCUCGGUGAACCCUCGAUCGAGUUAGUCCAGGUCGGGAUACUUAUCGCGUUAUUUGAGCAUAUGCAGUGGGUGGAAGAUCGAGCGUUCGUCACCCUCGGAAUUUGUGCGAGGGUUGCGUAUGCGUUGAAAUUGAAUCAGGUUGCUUCACAACAAUCAGCUAGCCAGUUUAAAGAGAGUACACCGGAAUUGGAAGAGAUGUUAUUGACUUGGCGAGGACUCAUUUUGCUCGACAGGUAUAUAAACAUGCCUCCAUUCGAGUCUCCCCGGCAACCUGCAGUCCAACAGAAUCCAUUUCAACCCAGUUCUCUCGAGAAUGUCACUAAUUUCAACUUUAUUUCUGGCUUCAAGAGCAUUGAUGCACAAAUUCUCGAAGACUUCUGGCUGGAAGUUGAGGCUUCCCGGAUGCUUGCUCAGGUGCAAGAACUGGUUCGCGAGAAUCCCCAGAAAGACUCGUUUUUACGCGCCCGUGCUCCUCUGGUAAUGAGAAACAUCGAUGAGCUUGUUCGGAUUUUGAAAUCAAAGCAAGCCAAAUCAGGCCGGUUUUUCGGCCUUUGCUCCUGCUUUACUGCUGCACUCCAAUUGCAAUGUUCCUAUAUCUAUAAUCAAGGACCAGGUUAUCAUGAGAGCAUUGUGCAACUGAAGAUGCUCGGAGAAGAGCUCAAAAGUGUCGCAUCAGAAUGUCGACUGUUCAAUGGUUUCACUGAAAAUUACCUGGAAGGGAUUCGGCCAGCUUGGAUAUCUGCAGCGUACUUGUCAAUGAAGGCUCAGAAUAUGUUCUCUGUUACUGAAGAUGCACAAUGUUUGAUAGGGACGGCCAAGGGACCGUUUAUGGAGCUACUUCAAGGGGUUGCUCCGCGGUACAGGUUUGCAGGUCUGCCUCCUUUUGCAUCUUGCGGACAGGAUAACUAA